GCACCACGUGUGUCCACGCCGGUCUGUUCCUCCUGUGAACGAUUCACAGUUUCACCGAGCUGCAGGAUAGUUGUAAGAUGGCGGCGCGGUGGGGAGCAGGCGAGGAGAUUUUAAGUGCCUGCAAUAUGGAAUUGUUCUCUACAAAUACACUAGACGAGGAGGUGGAUGCACCCAGGGACAGUAUGGGGGAUCUGGGGCUGGAUGCAGCAGAGGCCCUGGGCACCCUCCAGGGGUGCCUGGACCCCUCCAUCCUCUCCCUCUUUGAAGAUGUUCCCACAGGGGAGGGUAAAGGCCUGGACGAGGAGAGCGAGGCGACCCUGCUAACUGCUCUAACAGAGAUUCUGGACAACGUGGAUGAUGACAACCUGUCGCCGUUUGACACCCUGCCUGACUCAGACUUGCUCUCUGCUCAGAAGGGCCGGGAACACUCUCCGCUGAGGAGACUGCUGUGUCUGUCUCGCUCACCUCCAGAGAAGAGCUCUUUCUGCAACAGCAGACAGUUCUCCACUGGGAAGAGCCUGCCUAGGAGCCUGCCUGGCUCGCUCCAGCGGAGCGAUGGCGAGGAGGAGGAGGACGGGGAAGCUGGCUCCCUCACCCUCAGCCCAGCCAGCCAGCAGUCCUCCCCAGGAGAGGAGCAGCUGAGCUGGGCAGGACUGAGCCUCCCCUUCCCCAUAGCCCUGGAGGAAGAGGACGGGGACGGUUUGUCCUUGAGCCUGGGGGACCUGGUCAGACACAUGCACCCCUACUGCAUGACUCUGUGCAUGGAGGAGGGCAAGGAGGAGUUGCUCCCAGAGGGAGGCAUCCUUCUGGAAGUAGUGGACCAGGGGGAACAUGGAGAACCCAUCCUGGCUAUUCCAGACCUGUGUCUCCCCAUCUCCCUGGCCCAGAUCCACGGCUCCUCAGAAGCUGAGCUGAGGGUUCCGGAAGAGCCAGCCAUCUUGGAGAGGCCAGAGCUUGACGAGGCCAUAACCGACGAGGCCGCUGUUGAGAAGGCGAGUCCCGUGACCCAGAGGUCGGAGGUCAGGGGCGAGAAGGUUGUCGCAAGGAGACCCAAGGAGGAGACGGCGGACAAGAGCCCGUCUCGGAGGAAAAAGAAACGUAAAGAGAAGGAGGCAAAGGCGGGCCUCUCUGAGAAGGCGGUGGCGCCCGUGGGAGGACGUGUUCUCCGCAGCACCUCUGCCCGCCGAGCAGCCCACGACUUGCCCCCCAAACCCGCUGUGGAGAGGAGCAAACCAGAGACAAAGAAGAAAAAAAGUGUCUCUUCUCUAGCUGUUGUCUCAGCCCCCAGAGCCGACCAGGCUAAACCCCGUUUAGCGGUCAGCACCUCAACACUAUCCUCUCCCCCCAGCCUUAAGGUCGCCAUGCCUCCGGUGUCCAAACCUGACAGGUUGCCCACGGCAACAGCCCCUGAGAAGCUGCCCCAGCCUGUUCGUCUUCCCCCAGCUGCCCAUGCAGCGCCCCUCCCCCAGUCCCAUUCUACUGAUGCCUUAUCAAUGACUGCUGUCUCUCUGACGGAGCCCCUACCCCCCACCGGCCCCCAGGCACCAAGGGACUCCACCACCCCUUCACCCAGCGAAGACCCUCCCACCACCACCCCCGAAGCCUCCGCCUCAACCACAACCCCUGAGGCAGCCCCAGAGCCAAAGCCCAAGCCUCUCAACCUCCAGCAGUACCGGCUCCUCCGCCAGCAGAAGAGGCCAGUGCAGAGGCUCGAGGACCACAGCACCAGGUGGCCCAGCCUCCCCAAAGCCCCCAAAGAGCUGUGUCCCAUCCCCUGUCUCCCUAACCCUGACCCCCGGGACCCCCGCCGCCCCCUCCUCCCCCAGCCUGGGAAGAAUGAAGAGGUGGAGGUGAAGCCUGCCUGGCAGCCCAUGGGUCCUUGUGCCCCACCCACCCCCGAGGCUUUGCUUGCCCCCCCUGCCUACAUGGUGGCCUCCUCUAAGGCUAGCUCUGCUGCCUCCACCCUGGUGAAGCAUGGGUCCUCCCCACCCACGCAAGCUGUGCCAAACUCAGCCGCCCCCUCCCAGCCUCGUACAGCUCCUGCCUCGGCACCCAGUCCCAUCAAGGCUCCACAGCCGACCCCAGCCACUCCGGCCCUGCUCGGCGCACCCAACGCCAAGCCUUCGGCCCGCGUGCAGACCCAUAGUCCUACGAACAACAAGCCUGCGGCGCCACAGAACAACACCUGGUCAAAAACGGAAACCUUGAAGGCCUCCGCUGUCCAGCCAGCUGCCCAGACUCACCCCAGGGGUGGGACCCAUUCUCGGCCUGGGGCCUCGGCCCCUGUGGUCCCCAGCGCUGCCCCAUUCAAAACCACUACAGCCCCCCCCACCCCUACCGCUGCUUUGUCUUCACACACCCCUCCCAGCGCCACUGCUGCUAUCCUGCCUGCCUGGAAGCCUUCCGCCACCCCAGCCUUGGCCCCCAGGGCCCUGGCCCGGGCGGCCUGCCCCUUGGCCCACUCUCCUGGCUCUAUGCCUAUGAAGCCUGGGGCUCCAUUUAAGGCCACCCCAGCCCAGCAGGCUCCUCCUAAGGCCAAGGGCCCCACUCAGGAGCUGAUUGAGUCCUUUACCACUGAGAUUGGUAUUGAAGCGAUGGAUCUGACCAGUCUGUUGGAGCAGUUUGAGGAGACCCAAGCCAAAGAGGAGCAGUGUGUUCCGGAGGUCUCUGGUAGAGCAGCCGCUGUAGGAAACUCUAGGGUGCAGCCAGUUCUUGACAGGACUGCUGUGGAGCGCGUGAGAGCCGAGGACCUGGCCAGCACCGCAGUCUUGACUCCUCCAGCCACCCCCCCUCACCAGAUGUGGAAGCCCCUGGCUGCUGUGGCCCUCCUGGGGAAGAGCAGGGCCUCCGAGGGCCCCAAGCCUUCCUCCUCCAAGGCCAUCCAGAUUGACGCGCGGCCCCUGCCCUCCAACAAGCACCGUGGCAAGGCCCCGGCCAACUCCCCUGCCCCCUGGGUGGAUCACACCCUGGCCUGCCUGGACCACGAUUACUGCCUGCCCAGGGAGCCCACGAGUGGGGAGUCCAUGAGCGGGGAGCCAGGCAAGCGCUGGAACGUCAAACAGCAGCCCUCCAUCAACAUCAAGACCAUCGAGCUCCACAGCCAUACCACCACCACCGCUAUCCAUCCCCCCGAGGCCCGCCCUGCCUGCUCUCCUUCACCACCCGUGGGCAUGAGGACCCCCCCGCAGCCCCCCCAGAGCCAGCCCUUGGAUGACAGGACUGAGCAGGCUCUGGGAAGCUCUGUGCUGGAGACCCCCGAUGCGUCUCCCACCAGGCUGGAGGUGGAGGCUUCUCCCAUGGAGAGCAGCCCCAGGAGAGGGCCCUCGGGGCGGGCACACCGGGGCUAUGCCGCUGCCUCCCACUCCCCCAGCCCCAGGGAGAGGAAGAGAGGCAGGUCGCGGAGGAGAGGGAACAAUCGCUCCCCCAGUCCUGCUUCCAGCGGCUCAGAGUCCAACUACUCUGAGGAGUCUAGAUCACGUUCCCCCCCUAAAAAGAGGUACCGCCCUCGUCACUCCGAGAGCAGCUCCAGCUCCUCCUCCUGCUCCUCCUCACGCUCCUCGGCCUCCCGCUCUCCCCCCAGGAAAAGGAGGCACUCCUACUCCUCCUCUCGUUCUGGCUCCUGGAGCCGCUCGCGCUCCCCGCCUUGGGGCAGGCAGAGCCGACCUCACAGCCCCUCUUACAGACCAGGCUACAGGCAUACCUCCGCAGAGAAUAGCGAAGAGGUGAAGAGGAAGAAGCAGAAGGCGAUUGAGGAACGAAGGGUUGUGUACGUGGGCCGCAUCCAAGGAACCAUGACCAGGAAGGAGCUGAAGGAGCGCUUCUGUCUGUAUGGAGAGAUAGAGGAGUGCACACUACACUUCAGAGACCACGGUGAUAACUAUGGGUUUGUGACUUACUACGACACAAAGGAUGCCUUCACGGCCAUUGAAAAUGGGGGCAAGCUACGCAAACCCAACGAGCUGCCCUUUGACCUGUGCUUCGGAGGCCGCAGGCAGUUUUGCAGAACGAGCUAUGCUGACCUUGAUUCGAAUCGAGAGUAUGAACCUCUGCCUGUGAAGGGCAAGUGUGAUGCACUAGACUUUGACACUUUACUGAAGCAAGCCCAGAAGAGUCUGAAGAGGUAACAAAAGGGUGGACUCCACCAUCAGACAGACAGGUGGGCAGACGGCCGAAUGAAUUUACGGACCGUUGCGCCUAACUUACCUCAGAGCCGUUGGUUGGCUCCCUACCUUCAAAGCUGCCUUUACAUUUAACUGUCACCGUUUUUGGUUGUUUUUAUUUUUGUUUGUAUUGUUUUGUUUCUGCAAGCUAACACCUUCUAUUGAAGUGAAGAUUUGUAUGAAAAGAGAAAGUUGGAAAGAAAAAAAAGUUAAUAAAUAAAAAAUAUAAUUUUUUUUAAGAAGAAUUUAUUUAACUGUAUAAUCAGAUUUGCCAUUAUGUAUGGAAAAGAAACGUUUUAAAAAUGGGAAAAUAAGUUGAAUUGAAUAUUCCCUGUAAUGUUUGGGAAAAGGUUGAAUUGCAUUGAAGAAAUGUACUGCAAGCCUGAAUAAACCAAAAACUUGA